AUGGCCGAGUGCGACCCGCUGGAGAGUCUGCAGAAAGAAGCCUCUUGCUCCAUCUGCCUGGAUUAUUUCCGAGACCCCGUGUCCAUCAACUGCGGACACAGCUUCUGCCGGGACUGCAUCACGCGAUGCUCGGGAAAAUCGGACCGUAGGUUCUCCUGCCCCCAGUGCCGAGGAAUCGCCCAGAAAAGGAAAUUUAGACCCAACCGUGAGUUGAGGAACUUGGCGGAGAUCGCCAAGAGGUUAAGCUCGAAGACGGGGCACGGAGCCGGAGCGGGAAACCUGUGCCCGAAGCAUCAGGAACCCCUCAAGCUCUUCUGCCAGGAGGACCGGACGGCCAUCUGCGUGGUGUGCGACCGGUCCCACGCCCACCGCGCUCACGCCGUCGCCCCCAUCGAAGAAGCCGCCCAGGAAUGCAAAGAGCAAAUCCAAGGCAGACUGAAGAGCCUCAAGGAUGAAAGAGAAAGGCUCCAAGGAUUAAAAAUGACUGGGGAGAAGAGGAGCCAGAAGUGUCUGCAGCAGACGAGAGCCGAGAGGUGGAAAAUCAUGUCGGUGUUUAAGCAGCUCCACCAGUUCCAGGAUGAGCAGGAACGUCGCCUCCUGAUGUGGCUGGAGGACAUGGAGAAGCAGAUAGUGCAGACCCAGACGGAGGACGACAGGAAGAUCUCCGAGGAGAUCUCCCACCUGGGCAACCUCAUUUGGGAGCUGGAAGGGAUGAGCCCGCAGCCGGAGAAUAAAUCCCUGCAGGACGCCAGGAGUGCCUUGGCCAGGUGUGAAGCAAGGACUUUCCAGCAACUGACAGAGACGUUUCCCAGAGUGGAAAAGAGACUCAAGGAAUUAUCUCAGAAAAACAUCGUUCUGAAGGAAGCCCUGAGGAGAUUCAAAGAGAGUCUCCCAGUUGAACUGGAUGUGCAAUGGGCAAACGUGACUCUGGAUCCAGACACGGCAAACCCCCACCUCGUCCUCCAGAGAUUUGAUACCUACUGCUCCGUGUUGGGUUGCGAAGGCUUCACGGCGGGGAGGCACUUCUGGGAAGCGCAGCUGGGGAGCCGGGGAUUUUGGGCUGUGGGGGUGGCCAGAGACUCGGCGUGGAGAAAGGGUUGGAUUAACCUUGACCCUUCCCAGGGGAUUUGGGCUGUUGGCAUCUGCGGGGACAGGUUUCAAGCUUUCACCUCCUUCGAAACCGUUCAGCCUCUGAGUGGGAGGCCGAGGACUAUCCGUGUCUCUCUGGAUUACGAGAAGGGACACGUGGCUUUCUGCGACGCCGAUAACGAGACCUUGGCUUUCGCUUUUCCUCCCACUUCUUUCAACGGAGAGAAAAUCCUGCCUUUCUUCUGGGUUUGGGAGUCCAGGAUCCAGCUGACUCCUUGA